CUGAUAAUUAUUAAAAAUCAGUUCGAUUGUAGCAGCGGAAGCGAAUAGUUCUCUGUGUGAUCGAAGUGCUAAUUAUUAGAGUUGUUGUUGUUUUUACCAAAAAAUGGAAUUAAAUUCAGAUGGCAGAGGAAAUCCACCUGACAGAGGAAGGAUUGACGAUGUUGCUAGUAAUAUGGAUUAUGAAGUUAAUGAAAAACAAAAACAGUCUGAGGAAAUUAUAAAUAUUAAUAUUAAUACACAAUCAAAACAGGUACCGAUAACAAAUCCAAAAAACUUUUUACCAGAUUAUCAGAUAUUCGUUUUGGCUGUAACUUUAGCUGGUGAUAGCAUCGACGUUGCAGGACAAGUUCUAAUUAAACAUUUCAAUAUACUGAAAUCAGAAGUAUCUGAUGUUUUGAUUAGCAAGUAUAUAAAAGAGCUCUCUGUGGUUUUCGUGGAACUUAGACCUCAACUAUCAGUUCCAGGAUACUUUGACAUAAAUAGACGAUUGCUACCGAUGAUUUUUUCUACGAUUUCCACAUAUGCUAUCAUCUAUAUUCAAAUAUAUUAUGACAAAAGCUAAACAAAAUCAAACAAGAAUUAUUUAACAUUGUUUUAAAAGAUUCUUUUAAUAAAGUUUAU